CCUACUAUUUAGUAAGCUAGUGUACUGAGUACAACAACAAACCCUGCUCUUCUUCCCUGAUCACAGGGUUUCCGUUUCCGCACAGAGAAAAGCGUCUCUGUUUCUGUCAGCGACUUUCACCUCUUUCCUUUUUCUUUCCUUUUCACGCCAAACUGAAACUCGUGACAGUUUGAGAGAAAGAAAGAAAGUGAGCAGUGAUUUGAGCGAGUAUGAGCGACACUGGUGUCGAAACUGAUUCGAUACCGGAAGAAAACUCAGGCCAAAUGUUGGAGCUGGACGAGGACGAAGACUUGGAAGUUUUCAGUAAGGAUGCAACCUUUACAGAUGGAAGCUCCUUCAGCGUCUCUAUGCAGACGUCCCCUGGAUCUAUGGUCAAUCAGUACAGAUUUGAAGACGAUGAAGCGGUACCUGGCACUAAGGACAUAUUCAUCACAGUUGACAAUCCUGAGAGUCAUGUGACAGCCAUUGAGACAUUUAUUACAUACAGGGUUUUGACCAAGACGACACGUAGUGAGUUUGACUCAAGCGAGUAUGAAGUCCGCAGGCGCUACCAGGACUUCUUUUGGUUAAAAGGCAAACUGGAGGAGGCUCAUCCAACUCUUAUUGUCCAUCCCCUACCAGAAAAAUUUGUUAUGAAGGGAAUGGUGGAAAGGUUCACUAAUGACUUCAUUGAGACCCGGAAAAAAGCAUUACACCGGUUUCUCAACAGAAUAGCUGACCAUCCCAUUCUCUCCAGCAGUGAGGAUUUUAAGAUCUUCAUUACAGCACCAGCCUGGGAGCUAGCGUCUCAUAAGAAGCAAGGUCCAGGAUUCUUAAGCAGGAUGGGUGAGACGGUGCGAGCCGUGGCUGCUACGGUCCGUGGGGUCAAAAAUCGGCCAGAGGAGUUCAGUGCCAUUCAGGACUAUGUGGACAACUUCAGUGUGAAGCUGACCUCACUGGACAAAGUCACCCAGCGGAUCAUCAAAGAAAAACAAGAGUACCUGGACGACGUGAAGGAGUAUGGCCCAGCUUACACCCUGUGGUCUGGCUCAGAAGAGGAACUGGUGGAGCCUUUGAAGCUCAUGGCGAGUUGCUUGGACAGGUGCUCCAAGGAGACCGAGGAGCAGCUUGAGCACCUCAAUAACAGCCUCCUCCCAACACUGCACGAGUAUGUGCUCUGUGCAGAUAACCUCAAGGCAGUACUGCGGAGGCGAGACAACAUCCAAGCAGAGUUUGAGGCUAAGAAUGAAGCUCUUGCCGCUAAGAGGACGGAAAGGGAAGCAGACUCUAAGGUGCUGAGUUUAGCAUGGGACAGCCUGGUGGGCAAAGACCCAGAGGAGGUCAAACAGCAGAAACAGCAGAAGCUUAAAGGCGAGAUUAAAGAGAUAAAAGAGGACAUCGAUAAGCUGGAAGACAAACUGGAAUAUGCCAAUAACACGCUGAAAGGAGACUGGAGCCGCUGGCAGAAGAGCAUGAGGUCUGACCUGAGAGCCGUCUUUACACAAACAGCAGAGAAGAAUGUGGAAUACUAUGAAAAGUGUCUGGCAGUGUGGGAGUCGUUCCUGCUGUCUCAGAGACCUGAGGCCAAGGAAGUGGGCAGAGAUGACUCCUAAUCCCCCGGAAGCUUUUAUCUAAACAGUGAAGACCAAAGACAAGUUUUUUUACCUUACAAUCCUAGUGCUUGAAUUGUACAGCAAAAUACCAUUGCUGCAGACGUCUCACUAUAAACAUAACCGUGCCUUAUACCAGCCAAGCCAAGGACCGAGGGAUCUGAAGUGCACUCGUUAUUUCCUUCAAGCGAUGACAAGGCUGUCUCAAAGAUGUGUGUAGGAUAGGACAGAUACUUUCACCAUUUUUGCCAACAGUCUUGUGAAAAAUCUAAAGAAAGAGAUAAUAAAGGAAUCUAAUUAAAUUCA